AUGGGUGAGCGUAAAAGCAAAUCAUCCUGCAAUACUUCGACACACUCUCGCUCGAACAUGGCAUCUACGGUCACACAACAAGGAGUCUUUGUUUCCAGCAAUGCAAAGAUUGUGCGGUGUCCAGACGGGAUCCUCACUCGAUUACGAAGGUUGCAUGAGGCCGAGAUAAUCACUCUCUUCACUCCCUUUGUGCCCCAUCCUCCUGCUACCAAGCUGUCCAAAGAUAUGGAUCCGUUUGAACCGUUGGGACGUGCUCUUCCGCGGCAAGUACGACAUGUACCUUACCGACUGGACAAGGGGAUGACGGAUCUACACGCGGAUUUCUUACCAGCAAGUGGAGCUACCGUUAUUGUGGUUUGCGUCACCGAAAACGUUUUGCGAAGCAACGCCAAAGCUUUCGAGCAACAGGUCGACUUCGCUAGGAAUAUCUGGAGGAAGAUACACGAGACCAGCGCGAUAGCAGGUAUCCCGGCCAUUCUACUUCUAGUCAGUAGUGAUGCUGCCGGUCAAGCGUACGCCGAUGCCAUGCAGGAGUUCCCGGCGCUCGUCAUGGUCAACAAUUAUACGACGUCAGCAUUAGCGGAUGCUGUCCGAGUAUUAUUUGGUUUGUGA